AGGAAUUUGUUUUUCCGCGUGUCUCAUCUGACUCAACUUGGUGUUAAAUUGGUAUUUGUGAUCGAGGGAGAGGCCCCAGAGCUAAAAUGGGAGGAGAUGUGGCGAAGACAACAAGCCAGGGGAAUUGUCAAGCCUGGAACAACUUUCAGACAUGUAAAACGAAAAAGGUCACAAUUCUCAUCUUGUUUAAAAGAGUGUUGUGAAUUACUUGAUCUGUUGGGAAUACCACAUAUAACUGGUCAUGGUGAAGCUGAGGCGAUGUGUGCUUCCUUAAAUGCUGCUGGUUUGGUGGAUGGAUGUCUAACAGAUGAUGGUGAUGCCUUUCUAUAUGGAGCUCAGACUGUAUACAGAAAUUUUACUAUGAAUUCUAAGGAUCCACAUGUAGAAAGCUAUUGUAUGUCAGAUAUUCAGACAGAAUUAGGAAUAAACAGACAAAGCUUAGUGGGACUUUCAUUAUUACUGGGUUGUGAUUAUGUACCAGGUGGUGUAGCUGGAGUGGGUGUGGCUAAUGCUGUUAAACUGCUCAAAUCAUUGGCUGGCAUGGAUGUCAUUCAAAGGUAA